AUGUUUUUGAUUUUCAAUUGGGAGAACACAAUCGGUGGAGAAAACAAUCGAAGGAUUACGGUUUGGCUUAGUCGCUUGAAGAAGCUCACCGCUGGCUUAGUGACCGCCGGCAUAGGCCGUGGGUUGGUUGCAAAGGAGUCAGAGGUUGAACAAGGGAUGGAGGUGAAAGAGAGGAGGUAUCCAAGGAGAUUAUAUCCGGAAGGGAAGUCACCUAUACAAAAAAGAAGCAUGAAUCAUAAGUGUAGUUUGUCAAAUUUCGGGAUGAUGAAGGAUUAUGUUGGUCAUGAAGUUUAUCUUGAAAUAGCCAAUAAUUCUCAAGUUGGAUUGUAUCUGAAGCUUGCUGACACAAUAGGCUUGAAAACUGAGGUAUGGUGCGUGCUUGAGGGAAAUCCGUUGAGGUUCUCAUUGAAUGAAUAUGCAGAGAUAACAUGGAUGAACUGUGAUGAAAUUGAUCUCGGUGGUGAGUGUGUGGAGGAGCAGAGUGUGGAGGAGCAGAGUGAAUUAUGGGCUGCACUAGAACUGGAUUCAGGAAUAGCAAAGAAUAGUAGGAUUUCCUAUGAAUAUGCGAAGAAGGUGUUGAAUGAUGCUUCUUUUGAGAGUUCUCAAUGGGGUAGGAUAGGAUUCAAGUCAUUAGUGGAGUCCAUAAAAACUGUCAGUUUUCAGAACGAAUCAUAUACUCUCAAUGGUUGUGUUCAUGUUUUGCUUAUAUGGGCAUAUGAGAGUAUUAAAGUGUUGGGAUCAACUUAUGGGAAUCGAAGAGAGGUAUCAAAUAUACUGUUUCUUAGUUGGAGAGGAGGGAGGCCUCAGAAAGAAGUUAAAGCUUUGUUAGCUGGGAACAAAUUGAUGAACAAUGGAAAGCUUCAAGUGAAGCAUCUAGUAGCAAAACCUCUUGAAGCGAUAUAUCCAGAAUGGUCCUCACAAAAAUCAGUAUACGGUGAAGGGGAAGGUGACAAACAGAAAUUUGAUAAUCUAUUAUAUGAUAUCAUUCAUGGAUCAGUUGACGAAAGUCAAUGGGAUGAUGUCAACAAUAAUCUGGUUUUACUAAAAAGAGAGAAGAGGGAAAGUGAUGAUGAUUUUGUUGAGGCUAUACCGUUUGCCAGUGGUAAGAAAAAAUUGGAGUCAUCAUUCUGUAAUUCACUCGGCUUAAUAGACAUGACAAUUGAAGGAUUGUCGGGUCAAAUAGAGACACUGGAGAGUGAUGUGAAAUUGUUAAAGAAAGUAGUUAGCAAAGACAUGGAUGAGGAGUCAAACAUUGGUGAUGCAAAAAAUGAGACUUUUGGCAAUGGUUAUAUGGGAGAGAAUAGCUAG